AUUCUUUCUGAUUUCUGACCAAUUUUGUUAGAGAUUCGAAACCAAGAUGUCGGAUGCCGAGUGGGAUGCGGAUGAUUUUGAGCCAGCAGUUCCGACAGUGUCAGCGUCGGAUAAGCUAGAAGGUGAAGACGAAGAUGACGUUAAGGACAGCUGGGAUGCAGCCGGAGAUGCAGAAGGCAAGAAAGAGGAAGACAAGGAAAGCGAUGGCUCUGUGAAAGCUGUACAGAGAAAAAAGAAAAAGCCCUUAGCAGACAGAAUAGCUGAAAAAGAAGCUGCAAGAUUGGCCAAAGAACAAGAAGAGAAAGAGGGCAAACGAGAGUUGACAAAGGAAGAAAAAUACGCUGAGGCAGAGAGGUUAAAGAAGAUACAGGAACAGUCCGACCUUAGGCUCGCCAAGGAGGCCUUUGGUAUUGACUCUACUGGUAUUGAUGGAAUGUUUCCUGUCACUGAAGAGGAAUUCACAAAGUUUCGAGAGGCCUUAACGCAGAAAAUAACAAGUUUCAGUAGCUCAAAAUUUUAUCCUGCCUUCAUAGAAAAACUUUCACAGGACAUUAUCAUGGAUUUAAGUCUGGAUGAUUUAAAAAAGAUUAGUACUCUAGCAAGUGGAAUCUUCCAUGAAAAACAGCGACAACAGAAGGAGGCAGACAAGAAGAAGAAAAAGAAGUCCUCCAAGAACGUAGUUAUAGAACGGGACACAGACUUCAACGAUAUAGCGGCAGCCGGGCGCGGGGAAUAUAACGAUGAUUUGUACGAAGAAGACUAUAUAUAGUUCCUACUUGUGAAUUUAAUUAUGGCUAAAGGACUGGUUAGUUGGCAGGGAAUUGAUGCAUGGUUAGAGUGGUGCUUGUUGAUAAAAAAACAUUUCUACUGCUUAUAUACAUAAGAAACUGAUUCUGUGUGUGUGAUACAUUAUCUUGGAUUAGGGAGAGCACGGUUACGGUUAAUCAGUUUUAUUUACUAGUUAAUAAUUCUGAAUUACACAUUUUUUGACACACAAAAGGAUUUGAAUCUCUUUCUUUAUUGGUCAAGAAAAAACGUUCAUGAUCAUAAAAGUAAUAAUAAAUAGUUCAAUAAUUUUAUAUUAAAGCAUUAUGAAAACUCAUAAUCAAUAACAGGAACUAUUGCUAACAGUCCUUUUCGCAAGUCAAAUAGUGCUAUAUCUUUGAAAACUCAUAAUCAAUAACAGAAACUAUUGCUUACAGUCCUUUUCGCAAGUGAAAUAGUGCUAUACCUGUGGGCAAGGAAGUGCUUUAUAAAAUAAAAAGUGCACGUAAAUAUUAGUACUCCUAUGAAGUACUUUUAUGCUGUACAACAUUAUUGAAGAAAAAUAACUAUAGUUGCAGCUUUAUUAAAAAACACAAUAUAUUUAAUACACACAAUGUACUCAUAACACGUAACAUCUCACCUUGUUUAUAGCCUUAAUAUUUAUGACCUUUUGUUUUAAAUGACUUGUUCAUCACCUGUUUUGGGGAUUGGUUUCCACUCCAUUCCAUAAAUACUGUCCAAAAAAUUAAACUUGACAAAAAAUGGUUGGCUUACUGAAAAAGAUUUAAAAUGCAUUAAAGUCAUUAAAUAAUAAUAAUUUGGUAAUAAUCAUUGAAUGGUUUCUGCACAUGCAAAUUAGAUUCCACUAAUUUCUAAUACAAACUGUUACACAUUGUAUUGUCAAGCAUCUAUCCAAAUUAUUUGUUCCUUAAAUCAACAUACACAACUGUCAGAUUUAAACUAUUUGCUAUGUACUUGGGCACCAUUUGCAAUGUUAGCUUUAUCUCUUUAACCCAUAAGAAGCAAAGUGAAAAUGGCUUUUGCAAACAGCAUAAAAUCAGAACAGCCUGCAAGUAACUCACAGUCUUUUCAGGUUUCUUGCUGUAUGCUGCUCAUCAGUAUCUAAGGGUGGGAAAUGAAGCCUUUAAAACUUUAGUCCAGUAAGAAAGUUGUUUUAUUAAAUGGAACUUUUUAUGGGGCUAAAAGUGCGUAAAAAUACGUAUCUAAGUGGUUAUUUAUAAAGGGAUAAAUGAGACAUGUAAGAGAAUUGUAACAUGUUGAUAGCGUUGUCAAGGUGCCAUUUAUGGGACGAUUUUUCAUGCAUGUGUGGUUAUUGGAUCUUGUGAAAAGGCAUCUUCAUCUUGUUUAUUUCUGUUCAGAUCCAUAAAAAAGCUUCUUUUGGGGGAAACUUUAAUUGAUGCAUGUGCCUAUAGAGUUGUCCCAGAUUUUCCUGUACUUUCCCUUAGACUGGACUUUCGUUUAGAUGAGAAUUCCUAAACACACAAAAAUCCUUAAAUGUUGUAAAAAUUAUUUUUGAGCAUUUGCAGACUGGCCAGGCUUAUCAGGGAUGAUACGUUUAGCUCCUGGAUUAAGCCCUAUUUUUCACAGAGCCACCUCAUAUGAGCCGUGCUCUGUGAAAAAGGGGUUUAAUGCAUUUGCUUAAAGUGUCGUCCCUUAUUAGCCUGUGCAGUCCGCACAGGCUUAUCAGUGUCGACACUUUCCACCUACACUAGAUUUUUGCUAAGAAAAGACUUUCUUUAAACAGAAAAUAUCACAAAAGCGGAACUGCACGGGCUAAUCUGGGAUGACACUUUACGCACAUGCAUUAAAUCCUCUUUCCACAGAGCACGGACCAUAUAUAAGUAGAAAACCUUUUCUGUGGUUAUUUGAAUCCAUUCCUAUGUUAGGGAUGGUAAUUUAUGAUUUUAGGGAUAUUUUGCCAUGAUGAUGUAUUAAAUAUUUAUUUCCAAGGACGAAUGCAUAGAUUGGGUUUUUGGUUUUGGGUACUGCCCGUCCGUUGGUACAUUGUGGUUCUUAGUAUGACGCGCAAACAUGUAAUGUUAUUUAUAUAUUGCUUCGAAGAUUUUUAAAUCUGUGUGAAAAUAAAUGCUGAGUGUAACAUAUUGCAGCUAAUGUGGUCAAUUGAAGAAUUUCAAAAUUUCUUUUUGUGUCAUGUUAUUUUCUCAUUCAUUGUUCAAUAACACAAAAAUGAAAGUUA